GGUGUGACUCUAGACAAAAUGGCUGAGGCUUGGAUUAAUGGCAAUCCAGCAGAGAGGAGGUUUAGUUUGCUUAAAACGGCUCUAUUACCGCUAAUAAGGAGCAAGGAUGCGAUCAACGGAGCAGAAUAUUAUCUGCAACUCCUUCAAGCUCUUCAAACAAGAUAUCCCGAGAGGAAUGAGCCAGUACCAGCCUCUACACUGAUGCACUCCGCUCUUAAAACCAUUGGGUGUCCUCAAAACCUGCUAGGAGACUUCAGUUAUCCUCCCACAAAUGAUGAAAGUAUCAUUCAAUUUGAGCUAAUGCUAGCACUGUUAUCAGUGUUAAACAGCUUACCCAAUGACAAGUAUUAUGAUUUCAGAGUAAGGGCUACUGGAAGAUUUUUCAAUCAUCAGCCAGUGAUUGGUGAGGUCCCACUUCAUGUUUUCAUAGAGUCUUUGUAUGAUGGUGGUGCUAUGGUUCCUAACAAUGUUUCUGUAUUUCUUGGAUAUCUUGACGAGCUGGAAUGUCAAAAUUUUAAACAACCACUUCUUGAUUUCGUACAGCGUAACAAUUUUAAUAUCACACAAGGCCAACAUGAUCAAGUUAAGAAGAAAACCUCUCAUCAUAAAGCCCUCAUUUGCCUCGCAUUAAUAGCUGCUCUGUUCUUUACGAUACUGAGUUUAGCUGGUGUGGGGCUCUUUGUAGGCUAUACCAGUGAUACAGCUCCAAUAGUCAGUACUGAAUACUUCAAUGACAGCUACACUGGAGCUCCAAUUUGCUAUGACAGCUUUGACACAAAGCUAGUUCAAGUUACAACCAACUCUACUGGUUUUAGCGCCGACCUGUUCCUAGUUCCUGAAUCUGAUAUUGUAUAUGAGCGCUACACUUUCCCUGAAAAGAAAUUGCGAUCAUUAAAGGAUAUUGACAUUAUAGAAUCCAUUGCUUUUGGUUAUCCUGAUUUUGAUGAUGAUCACAGACCCCUCUAUUCUAAUGUAAAAGCUGGAGUAAUCUCGUACAGAAUUAACUUAAAAUCAUCUUAUCAAUCGGAUUGCUAUAUCAAAGUGUUCCUCUAUGAUCUAUAUGACAGAUAUCGUAAUAAAUUUAACUAUCCUUCAACUAGCAAUGAUGGAAGUAUUGCUCAUUCAGAUUGUAUAGAUGUUGGUAAUAGCACUGUCAAUCUAACUCUCAUUCCUAAUAAGCCGAUCUUGAUAGCUGCUUUUACUAAUAAAUAUGAAGUACUACUGGAUGCAUAUGCAAUGGUUGAAUUAACACAAGUCAAUACAAGUCGCCUAUCUUCAAGUUGUACUGUUAGUUCUAGUAAUCCCUGUAAUAUCAAUUUUAGCCGUUACCCAGUUCGUAACACAAGAGAGUGCAUAUUAAUCACUAGUCAUGGUGCAGGAAGUGUGAGCCUUACUUCUGUCACUCUCUCGCUGAAUGGAGUCAAGCUCAUUGGUAUUAGCAGCAUUGGACUGUUUGGAUCAAUUGCUGCUGUCCUGAUAUUUCUUGUGGUGUUUUUAUGUGUGAAACGUAAUUGCACUCGAAGGAAGAAUUAUGAGCCAUUAGCAGACUUGAGUAAUGCUAAUGGUAUUCAAUAACUACAAGGACACAUAUAAUUAUUAUGUUUGCAUGGUAUGAAUGAUAAAUUUGCUAAUAAUGUGUUUUUUUAAUCAUGAGUGUUUUCUGUUUCAUUGCUUUUAUAAUGCUGUA